AUGACAAGUUUGACAGAAGGAAUAAUCGAUGCUUGAUAUCGAGACGAAGGUACUUUUCUCAAGAUCUUUCGUAAUAUCUGUAGUGCGCGGUUAGCGAAAUACGCAAGUGUAACGUAUGAGUGAUAGCGUUGUUCAGAGGUUACAUUUUAGAGACAAGUUCAUUCGUCAAUAUGCAAAGAAUCGAUCGAUAUUUCAUAAAACUUGAUCCGCAUACACGUACGUGAUAAGUAAUUGUUGUUACCUAUCAUUUGCGUUAAAAAGCACCCACUGCAUUAUUGCGAAAUGGAACUGACGAAGGGAAUUAUCGACGGUAUAGCGGACAUCCAAAACAGCAAUCUCUUACCCGAUGAAACGUUUUGGCAGUUACUGGACACCGUAGUAUCUUACAUUUGCAGGAACACUAAUGAUACAAAAAGCAUCACUAGUUUAUAUCCAUCCAAGCCGGAUUUAAUAAAAGCCGCCGUUGCCAACAUCUCUUGUCUCUUCGUGGAGGCUGCCAGACACGAUUACGACGAGGAAAGCUUGAGGAUUUUCCUCCAGGAUGAACACAUUAGCGGCCAAAGAACGGAGAAGCUGUGUAACGCUUAUGCGAACAGCAAGCUCGAUAUCCAGACCCAAUUGGAACUGACGGGGGAUAACGUACCACAUAUAGUGGACAUUGAUUGGCGGCUGCAUCACUGCGUCAAGGUUAGCACUUGUCGUUCGGUUAGCAUGCCAAUUUAUAACAUUCGACUGAGCUUGAAGAAGUCCAGUGAAAUAAAGUACAUAACGUUCACGUGUACCAUACAACAGUUGCAAGAGUUGGUGUAUAAACUGAAAGAUAUCGUGAGGCACGUUGAGAAAAUGUCAAAUGUAUAGACAUUGAUCCCGAGCAAUUAUUAUUUUGCGAAUAUAGAGAUGCCAUCGUUCUCGUGAUGAUAUGUACGUUCCGUCGAGGAGGAGAAUACGAUCAGGCGAUUGUAAAAUAUCCAGUCUGCUAGGCGCAACGUAUUUUGUGUGCAUUAAUUAAAAUUGUGUUCUCUGAGGCCUAAAGAACUGUCCCGAGGACAGUUGAAAUUUAUUUUGUAUUCGCUAAUUGGACUGAACAAGUGACAACACAUUGUUCCUCGACAGACUGUAGUGUAAAGGAUGACGUUCCGUACGAAUAAUACACUAUUUAUUAUAGGUGUAGUCAAUUAUAUUUUUGCAGUAAUGGAACGAAUAUCUUCUAAUCCAUGUGGAAUCAUUGUCGCGUUAUUUUCAUAUGGUUAUACAUGCAUAGGCAUGCACAUAUAUGUAAAAACUGAAUUAAAAGUAGUGUCCCUUCGCUCUUGGCGGUUUCACGUGUCUGUCUGUCUAAAAAUUGAUAUUUUUGUAAGACGAAAAAAAAACAAUGCUACGGUUAUGUCUCUUGACUAAUUAAAUAUAGAAUUAUAUUAGUAA